AUGAAAGUGAUUUGCAGCGAUCGAAGACAACGCUCAGAAUCGUCUGCACCCGAAGAUAGGGCAGUCAGCUCCGUUGCCGCCGAUAUCAAUAGACUACUGAGCCCCAAAUCUUACGAAGAACUAGCCGUGCUCGAGACUCAAAUAAGAAAGAAGCUGAACUCAAACGAGCCUAUCGACACAGAUUAUUGGGAGCAUCUGUUGAAAAGUUUGACCGUUUGGAAGGCUCGUGCGAAGCUACGACGUGUGUACCAGGCUGUUAUCAAAGGCAGGGUUGAAGAAUUGCAGAAACAGCAGCGACAGGAAGCGGAAAGCGUGCAAUAUAAGCUUUCCCCUCUUGCGCCGUAUGAAGGCACUGAUACCGCAACAACAGCUCCAGAAGAAAAGGGAGCAUUUCGUAGUUUAGAUCCGGAGCCUCUUCUACAACUUCAAUCUCAAGAUAAGACGCUUGAAAUACUUGACGAACAGUCAUUCCUUUCCCAAGUGGCGACCGACCGAAAGAAGAUUUUGAAAAUGGGAUUUGUGCCGCUACGCCAUCGUUCGACAGAUAAACCAAUGCAAGCCGCUUCUCAUAUUCAAGAAACACCCGCUGUAGCAGCAAUCCCCCCUCGCUUUCUGUCAACUCCGAACGAAGAUUUCUCCCAAGCUACCAAAGCUCUCUACGAAAGAGAAGUUGCUAGGGGUAUUAGUGAGAACGAAGAAAUUUUUGCUGGAGAAGAAGUUGUCAGUACCACGAGCAAGCCAGCCUGGGCUAAUAAAUAUCGGCCUCGGAAACCACGGUAUUUUAACCGUGUUCAGAUGGGUUACGAAUGGAACAAAUACAAUCAGACCCACUACGACUACGAUGACCCGCCGCCGAAAGUUGUUCAAGGGUACAAAUUCAAUAUCUUUUAUCCUGACCUUAUCGAUAAGACGAAGGCCCCAACUUAUCGAAUAGAACGUGAACAUGGAAGGAAACGAGGACAAUCUUUUGCUCCCGCUGGAGAAGAGGAUACAUGCAUUAUUCGUUUCAUUUCAGGCCCGCCAUACGAGGACCUUGCCUUUAGGAUUGUGGAUAAAGAAUGGGACUACAGCGCAAAGCGGGAAAGAGGUUUUAAAAGUACAUUUGAAAAGGGCAUCCUACAGCUGCACUUCCAGUUCAAAAAGAUUUACUACCGCAAAUGA